AUGCGUCAAAUUAUUUAAUAGAUACUAAGAUUACCAAAUAUAAUUGCUAUCUAAAGAGAAAAUAACAAAGAAAAAUUACAGAUUAAAAAUUAGAAUAUAUUCUUCCUAAAAUUCCAAAAUAAUAAGAAGAGAUUAAUUUUAAAGAAAAAUAUUAAGUUUAUUUAAAUUUGGAAAGAAUAAUAAAAAAAAAGAAUCAUAGUUAAUUUUUAAAGAAAGGAUAGAUAUGAAAUUGAAUGGUCAUUAUUACCAAUUUAUGUUACUUAAUUAUUAACUAUAUAUAAAAGUGAUUAAUAUAGUAAAGAAGAAAUAGAAAUAUAUAGAAUUUUGUCAUUAAUUGGCAUCAUAUAUAGUUAAAUUAAAAACUAAAAAAACAUCGAUUCAAUUAAGAGAAAGAUGGUUAAAAUUUUAAAGUAAAACUAUAAAAAGAUAAAAGAUUUGAAAUUAAUAAUUUUGGUAGACUUUUUUAGGUGUUGGAUAAUGGAAUAAAUUGUAUAAGUUUAUCAAGAAUAGAACUGA